AUGGCGUCGAUUUCUCUCAACCAACUAGCCCGGUGCGGCAGUCCAAUCCCCGUUCUUACACAAGGCUUUGGCACCUUUCCUGGAUUCUCCAUUUCGUGCUCUACCAUCAUGAGCGCUACACCUCUAAAAUGCCUCGAGGCAGUCCUCAACACAGCCGAGUACCCAUCCUGGAAUACCUCCUGGCCCCGCGUCACAAUCACCCACUUACCAUCCCCUGAGGGGGUAAAUCUCGAGGCGGCCGAGUUGCAGCGGGUUGUUGGCCUCCCGGGCUACCUUUACGCUGGCAUCAAGAUGACUUCAGAAGUCCACAAGACCCCUGGUAACGGGUCGCCGACGAUGGCAAAGCUGGAGGUGAGUGUGAUGGAGAAAUUCGAGAAGGCUGGGCGUACCGGGUACCGAGUUGCCUGGAAGGGGGUUGGGAUUCCUUUUUUCCUGUUUCAUAUGGAGCGGGUGCAAGAGUUCGUGGAGACGGAGAUAGAGGGAAAGGUCGUUACGGAGUAUUAUUGUUGGGAGACUUUCGGCGGACUUCUUUCAUAUGCAGUACGAUGGCUCAUGGGAAAGCAGCUGGAGGCGGGGUUUAUGAGGUGGAUGGAGGAACUGAAGUCGGUAGCUGAGAAGGAAUCUUGA